GCCGACUAGUCUGUAUCAGUCAACUGACCAAGCAGAUCCUCGGCCCAGGCAUUGAAGAUGGGUGACGUCUGUAUCAUAAAUAUUGUCUACCGGCCGCCUGGCCUUCUCCGCACAGUACAUACUUGAACCGCAUUUCUCUUCCAUCUCACCUUGUCAUCCCUCGUAGUUCUACAUACACAAAAUUUCAUACAAGCACAUCCAACAAAUCACAAUGGCAAAUCCCGAGCGCAUCCUAAGAGAGGUCAACAUCCUCGGCGACCUUAACGAUAAGAACCGCCAUAUCCUCAGUAAAGACGCCUGCGUCUUCCUUGCACUCCUCCACCGCACAUUCAAUGAACGCAGGAAAGCCCUUCUUCAGCGACGAGUGAUUCGACAGGCUGAGCUCGACAAGGGAAACCUUCUCGACUUCCUCCCAGAGACCAAGCAUAUCCGAGAGAACGAUGCUUGGAGGGGUGCACCACCAGCGCCUGGUCUCGUCGACAGGCGCGUCGAGAUUACUGGCCCGACUGAUCGCAAGAUGGUCGUCAACGCCCUGAACUCGGAUGUCUGGACUUAUAUGGCUGACUUUGAGGAUUCAUCCGCACCAACAUGGGACAACAUGAUCAACGGUCAACUAAACCUGUACGAUGCCAUUCGCAGGCAGGUCGACUUCAAGCAAGGCGAGAAGGAAUACAAGCUUCGCACAGACCGAACACUACCCACACUCAUUGCUCGCGCCCGAGGCUGGCACCUCGAGGAGAAGCACUUCACCGUUGACGGCGAGCCUAUUUCCGGUGGUCUUUUCGAUUUUGGACUGUACUUCUUCCACAACGCCUAUGAGCUUGUCAAGCGCGGAGCGGGCCCAUACUUCUACCUACCCAAGAUGGAGUCGCACCUUGAGGCUAGGCUCUGGAACGACGUCUUCAACAUGGCCCAGGACUACAUUGGUAUGAAGCGUGGAACCAUCCGUGGAACAGUCUUGAUUGAGACCAUCACUGCCGCCUUCGAGAUGGACGAGAUCAUCUACGAGCUUCGCGACCACUCCUCUGGUCUCAACUGCGGCCGUUGGGACUAUAUCUUCAGCACUAUCAAGCGCUUCCGUCAGAACCCCAACUUUGUCCUUCCUGACCGUGACUGCGUCACCAUGACAUCGCCCUUCAUGGACGCCUACGUCAAGCUUCUCAUCAAGACAUGCCACAGGCGUGGUGUUCACGCGAUGGGCGGCAUGGCAGCCCAGAUUCCCAUCAAGAACGACCAGCAAGCAAAUGAUGCUGCCAUGGCCAAAGUCCGUGCAGACAAGCUCCGCGAAGUACGCGCUGGUCACGACGGCACAUGGGUAGCUCAUCCAGCGCUCGCAGCCAUUGCGAGCGAAAUCUUCAAUGAGCACAUGCCCACUCCUAACCAAAUGCACGUCCGCCGCGAGGAUGUCCACAUCACUGCCAACGACCUGCUAAACAUGAACGUACCUGGCAAGGUCACCGAGGAAGGAAUCCGCAAGAAUCUCGACAUUGGUCUUGCCUAUAUGGAGGCCUGGAUCCGCGGCGUUGGUUGUGUACCAAUCAACUACCUCAUGGAGGACGCUGCUACCGCCGAAGUCUCAAGGAGUCAGCUUUGGCAAUGGACUAAGCACAACGUCCAAACUGCAGAGGGCAAGAAGGUCACAAAGGACUACGCUAUCAGGCUGCUGCGGGAGCAAGCCAAGGCACUUAGCGACAAGGCACCAAAGGGAAAUAAAUACCAUCUUGCUGCCAAGUACUUUGAAAGUCAGGUCACUGGAGAAGACUAUGCCGAGUUCUUGACAUCUCUCCUAUACAACGAGAUCACAAAUGUAGGUCCACCCAAGGGAGCCUCCAAGUUGUAAAUUGCGCUGCGAAACCUAUUGUUUUGGUGUAAUGAGCAUAUGAAAAGUGCGUCAUCUGCGGUUUUUUGCUAUUAUGUAACUGUAUACUACUCACAGCUAUUAUUCAGUCAAAGAUCAGAAUUUGCGCAAAUUGCAAAGCGCUUCAUUAUUUUGUACUGCUUGCUUACUUAGUGCUAUGCCUUUCUCCCCCUUGAAAAUAGUAUCGCAUAUGAAUUGAUCAAAGCUAAUGGUACUCCGCACCACUCAUAGACCGGCUCGCCUGUCG